AUGGAGGUUGAUUCAAAUGGUGGUAACAAUCCUUCAGUAAAUGAGGGUGAACAAGUUGAAGAACCUAAGAAGGGUAUGUAUUUUAGCUCAAAGGAAGAAGUGUACACAUUUUAUGGAAAAUAUGCUAAGCAUGUUGGAUUUUCUAUAGCUUGUAGAGCACAACAUUUUGGAGAUGAUGAGCAAUUAAAAAACUUUGCAAUUGAAUGUUCUCGAGCGGGGGAGAGGAAAAAAAAAUCAAAAGUGAACCCUUUGAAGCCAUCUUUGUCAACAAAAAUUGGUUGCAAAGCAAGGGUACAAGGUAGUCUACAAAAGGAUGGGAGAUAUAUGUUAACCACAGUUAACCUUGAGCAUAAUCAUGAUUUGAUUCCCACUGAUUCACGUCAUUUUGCAAUGAAUAAGAAAAUUCUUACUCCUAUGAAGAGACGAUUAGAAAUUAAUGAUGAAGCGGGGAUUGGGGUGUCUAGGAACUAUCAUUCAAUGGUUGUUGAAGCGGGGGGGAGGGGGGGGUACGAGUCAUUGACAUUUGAUGAGCGAGAUGCAAGGAAUUACAUUGAUAGAGCUAGAAGAUUGAGGCUUGGGGAAGGUGAUGCCCAAUCACUUCAAAGUUAUUAUAUGAGAAUGCAACCACAUAGUGAGAAAUUCUUUUAUGUGAUUGAUGUUGAUGACGAGUGUCGCAUUAGAAACUUGUUUUGGGCUAAUGCAAGGAGUCGGGCUACUUAUGAAGCAUUUGGAGACGUUGUUUCAUUUGACAAGACUUAUCUGACCAACAAAUAUGACAUGUCAUGUGCUCCAUUUGUAGGAGUUAAUCACCAUGGACAGUCCAUUUUACUUGGGUGUGGAUUGUUAUCUAGUGAAGACACUGACACAUUUGUUUGGCUAUUUAAGUCGUGGUUAAGUUGCAUGUCAAAUCGUCAUUCAAAAGCUAUCAUAACUGAUCAGUGCAGAGCUAUGCAAAAUGCUAUAGAUAUUGUAUUUCCACAGGCUCGACAUCGAUAG